AUGUUCGAGCAGGUGAAAGCCAAACUAUGGUCGAAUCCUGAAAGACCAUCAAAGGACGGAUAUGAACGAACCGCCGAUGAGAAACCAUCUAAGAGUGAGGAAAAAUCCCAGAAGCGAUUCUCAAGGGAACAUAGUAAACGAGUGCGCGCACGAGAGAAGGCUUUGGUGAAAGCACAAGAGAAACGAGCAGGGGGUGGGAAAUUCGAGAUGAGAGGAAGUUUUUUGACGAUUGGUGGUGGUGGAUGCUGA